GUCCCUAAUAACUUGGCGCCACACCGGUGACUGCUGCUGCUGUGAAGUAGGGCUAGAACGCAGCCCGCGGCGCUGGAGGAACACACACACACAGAGAGCGGUGAGAAGAGUCUCAACGGCACGCAUCUGCGUCCGAUACGGGGGAGCGAGCACCAGAACAAGCUUCCUCCGACACGCUCGUAGCCGUACUCUUUGUUACUGGGCAUGGCAUCGGAGUGCCUACUUGCGUGCAGACACGCCGCACACUCUGGCGACGAUCCGCGCAGCACGACAGAAGGCAACGAAACGGCAACGACACUGUCCCAACCGAGCUAGCCCACAUGCUAUGCAUGUCCUACUGCUCCUGGCGUCUGUCGUUGUCUUCGCUAGCGCCAUCAUGUGAAGCAUAUCAGCAGCACGGCGCCCCCGGGUCCG